CCCAUCUUUGACGUCCGGGUCUCUGCAAAAUCACUUCUUUUUCUGCGUUGGUUGGUAGGUGAGGGGGAGUCGCGAAAUGGGUUUCGGUUGGAGGAGGAGGAGAUCGAAUGCCGGCGACAACGGAGGCAAGGAGCAAGAGGGCGGCAUUGGCGGUCGUCGGGAGCUAGAGCUGCAGGAGCUGGUGAUCCCGAACCACUUCGUGUGCCCGAUCUCGCUCGAGCUCAUGAGGGACCCCGUCACGCUGUCGUCCGGCAUCACGUACGACCGCGAGAGCAUCGAGCGGUGGCUCGAGGCCGGCAACUUCACGUGCCCCGUGACCAACGUGGUGCUCUCGAGCUUCGACCAGAUACCCAACCACGUGCUCCGCAGCAUGAUCCAGGAGUGGUGCACCGAGAACUGCCGCCACGGGGUCAAUAGGAUCCCCACCCCGCGCGUCCCCGUCACCCCAUUUGAGGUGUCCGAGGUUCUUUCGGGUAUCGAUGACGCGUCGCAGUGCGUCGAUCACGCCGAGUGCGCCAAAUUGGUGGGGAGGAUCGAGAAGUGGGGAGGCGAGAGCGAGCGGAACCGGCGCUGCAUCACUGCGAACGGGGCGGCGAGCACGUUGAGCAGGGCGUUCGAUGCAUUCGCGGCUGCAUCUGAUUAUAGCCAAAUCGGCGCAAAUAUGUUGGAAGAAAUAUUAUGUGCAUUGAGCUGGAUGUUCCCACUUGAUAUUGAUGCUCGUCACUACUUGGCAUCACGGUCAUCUCUCAAUUGCUUGGUUUGGUUCUUGAAGAAUGGAGAUACAGAAUUCAAGAAACAUGCCAUUUUAACCCUCAAUGAGCUUUCUCGCGAUGAGAAACAAACCGAGGCAUUGGCAUACACGGAAGGAUUACGCGAAACUUUGGUCAAGUUCAUCGAACACCCGAUUAGCCCGACGAUCACGAAAGCCUCUCUCUCAGUGACAUUCAACCUCAUUUCUUCUAAUGGUUGCGGUGAUGAGGAGAGAUUGGCAUUUGUCGAGAUGUCUUUAGUCUCCAAGCUCUUGGAAAUCCUCGUCGACUCCAGCGAUAAGAGCGUAUGCGAGAAGGCUCUCGGCGUUCUUCACGGACUGAUAGGGUGCGAACAAGGGAGAGAAAAGGCUUAUGCGAAUCUGCUGACCGUGCCGAUCCUAGUGAAGAAGAUCUUGCGUGUGCCGGGGACGGCGACUGAGUUCGCAGUAUUGUCUCUUUGGAGGCUUUGCAAGCAUGAGAGCAGAGAUCAUCAAGAGAUGGCCUUGGUGGAGGCUCUUCAAGUUGGUGCAUUUCAAAAGCUCUUGCUGCUGUUGCAAGUCGGUUGCGCCGAUGAAGCGAAGGAAAAGGCGACCGAGCUGCUGAAACUGAUGAAUCCAUAUCGAGCCGGAUUGGAAUGCAUCGAAUCGGCGGAUUUCAAGAACCUCAAGAGAUCAUUUUGAACCUUGGAAUAGGAAAAUCAUUCUUUGGUCAUUAGUUAUUGUUAUACCAUUCUCCUUUUUUUGUUUGUAGAGACUAAUUAUUCCUUGGAUUAAUAGCAAUUAGUUGUUCUCAGUAUUCUUUUGGAUGCCAAAGGCAGGUUUUGAGGUUUGGUUGUAUGUCUCCCUCUAACAAAACUUCCGAAGAAAUUGUACCGAGUCUUAACACAAGUUAUUAUAGUACGUCGAACACCGAUUGCUUGAGCUUACUGAUGUACUUAGUUUUGGUCUUUACUCCGAAAAUUGAAAUGUACCGACAUCACUAUGUGAAAGAGACCA